UCUUUUGUCUUCUUCAUACUUGCAUUGCAGAUUAAAACUUUUGGCAGAAUUUUCAUUUUGGAACCAUGGAAACGUCACACGAGCACAACUUUUUCAACCCCACGUCUAAACCAGAAGCAGAAGAUCCAACCCUAAGACUUUCUUCAUCGUCUUCUUCCUCUUCUUGUUCUUCCAUAGAAGCAGAACCAAGACCUGAUCAUAAUCUAAGAAACAAUCAAUCUCCUCCAACGCAAAUCAUGGAGAGAUCUACAAACGACACAACCUCAACACCUACUUACAGAAUCCCAUCACACGUUUUCGAAACAACAACCUCAACAGCUCCCCUUGAAUGGAGCACUCUCUCCAACGAAUCCCUCUUCAGCAUCCGCAUGGGAAACAAUAGCUUCACCGAAAUAGAUUACUUCAAAUCCGGCGAGCUUACGUUUCCUCAGCCUCCUUCUCCGAGAACUCCUCAUAUGCCUUCUCCGCGUCACCACACAAACCAAGCAGGAGUGGCGGAGGAGGCCAAAACUCCGGUGGAUGUAGGCAAGAAAGCAGCUGAGACAGACAAAGCGUACCGGGCAAGUAAAGAUGAAGAACAAAAAGCUGCCGCAAGUAUAAGAGAAGUUAUCAUGGCUAAUGAAGCUUCUAAUAAAGACAACAACAACAACAACAACAAAAACAAUAAGUUAGAUCGGUCUGUUUCUCGACGGUCUGAAGAUUUAAGCGUCAAGUCUUUCGCUUUUCAAAAAUUGGGGAAUGCAGAUAAGGGCGGAUUACAAGGCUCAACGCCACAAAAGAGGAGGACUUCGCAGCCAGAGUCGCCAAAGAGUUCGUCUGAGGCUGAUGAAGGAGAUGAAGCUCAAAAACCUCUUACUCCUAAAGCAGAAGCUGAUCGUGCAUGUAAUCACAACCCUAGAUGGUUAUCUUGCUUCCCUUGCUGCACAACUUUCUGUGUCUAA